AUGUUGGCCCCAAGCACAGUGAACGAGCUCUACCUCGGCCAAGCCCGCGCCAGCGGCAGCACAAAAGACUGCAUGGCACUCUACGACCGAUGGGCCGAGACCUACGACGAAGAAGUCGGCGAUGAAGCACAAAACUACGUCGCGCCCGUUCUCGUCGCCCAAGCCGCCAUCAAGUACGGACUGUCGGACGGCGCCCAAAACAGCAUCGUACUAGACGCCGGGUGCGGGACCGGUCUCGUGGGUGUAGCCCUCGGACUAGCCAAGGCGAAAGCAAUAGACGGCAUCGACCUUUCACCGGCCAUGCUGGCCGUGGCAAGGAAGACAGGCGUCUACCGGGAUCUUGCGGUAGCAGACAUGAACCGGCCGAUACCCAAGCAGGACGAGACGUACGACGUUGUGUCUUGUGUUGGCACAUUCACGUUAGGCCAUGUUGGUCCUGAUCCUGCGCUGCGCGAGCUGGUCCGGGUCACCAAAAAGAAGGGCAUCGUUGUAUCGACGAUCCUCGAGGAGAUCUGGGUGCCUGGCGGGUUCCAGGCUGAGGUUGAGAAGUUGAAGGCGGAGGGGUCGGUCAAGGUUGUUACCGAGGAGCUUAUAGAUUAUGUAAAGGGACAUGGUGAUAGGGCUGUGCUGCUCAUUUUAGAGAAGAUCUGA